CCAAAACCCACGGAAUCUUGCAAACUUUCUGCAGUGGCGCCCAAUGGCUGGGAGAGAUCUACUACGGCUCUCCAUUUUCCACGGCUUGUAGAGAAGUGGAUGAUUGGCAGUCAGCAGAGAUUCCAAACACCCUUGACUAACAGGAUGUUUCUUCUGAUACUUGUUUUUCAAUGUCUCCAGUGUAAGGUGAAGUUCCAAGUCUGAAAGAUCGAAGCUUUUCUCUUCAAUUCGUCCACUCGCAGUUUCGUCAAGUUGGGAAGUAAGUUAUUUCAGUUGGGUUGUGUUAAUUUAGCUUCUCAUGACUUUCCAACGAAUUUAUUUUUGGUUGCAUUGAUUGAUGGUGGGGGAGAUGUGUGCCUUAUCAAGGAUGGUUUGACACUGAUAAACAGUUUGUGGAUGGACAGAUGCUUAUGGUGAGAUAUGCUGGCAUCCGAGGGGGGGUCGCCUAAGGUUUCAAAGGGAUCGUUUCUAGAGUGGAGGCCAUUAAGUCUGUCGAAAGCUUGAGCUGACAAUGAAGUAGUCUGUGAUCCUGCAGGUAGUAAAUAAUUCGGAAUGACGGUGUUUAAUGUGUUUCUGGGCUGUUGUUGCAUAUUAGGAGUUUAAGGCUUUGUGUAACUUAUUGAACUUGCAGUUCCACCUGCAUAUUGAUUCUAAUUGUGAUGUCUGUACUGCAGAGCAGGUUAUUUUAGAGUUAUGCUGGGUGUCACAUAAAACAACGUUUUAGUGGUUGCUAGACUUGGAAAUGAAUGGUAAAAACAUUAGUUGUUGACAACCCAGUUUUAUUUGGACAGUGAGGCAACCAAGGAAGCCGGCUUGGUAGAACAUUAGGCUGAGGAAAUGCUGUUGUAUCCUUCCAUUUGUCCUGUUCUAAUAUAGAUGGAAGCUUAAUCGGUUUUCAAAGAAUGUUUUGUUGUCUGGAAUCAGUCAUAAUGCUUAAUAGAGGUCAACUUAUGGACAUUAGGUCACAAUGCUAACAUAUGAUUUGGCUAUUUUCGUUGAUUCGUACAGCCAUGUCUCGUAGUGAGAAGAAGAAUCCAAUAUUGUUCUUCAAACAUGAAUCCCAUCUAUAAAUAGAAGAUGGCACAGACUACAUUGUUUCACCUUCAAGUAUCCAUACAAAUUUCUGAAAGUUAGAAGUCUCUUCACCACCAUAAUGGGUUCUCAUUCAUGGCUUCCUAUGUUCAUAGUUACUGCAACUCUCACCACAAUUUACAGAACAGCUGAGUCAGCAUAUGAAGCUGAUAGGAUUGUGAAGCUGCCAGAGCAGCCAGAGGUUAGCUUCCAGCAGUAUGCAGGCUAUGUCACUGUUGAUGAAACCCAGCAGAGGGAACUUUUCUACUACUUUGUUGAAGCUGCGACCAACUCCAGUUCCAAGCCUCUUGUUUUGUGGCUCAAUGGAGGACCUGGGUGCUCUUCAGUUGGAGCUGGAGCUUUCUCCGAACAUGGCCCUUUUCAGCCAAAUACAGCAGGGGCUCUGGUCAACAAUGAAUACAGUUGGAACAAAGAAGCAAACAUGCUGUAUUUGGAAUCCCCAGCAGGAGUUGGCUUCUCGUAUUCUGCCAACACCUCUUUCUACAAAAUGGUUAAUGACUCCAUAACAGCAAAAGACAACUUGGCCUUCAUUCAAAAAUGGCUAGUCAAGUUUCCUGAAUACAACACCAGAGAUCUUUUCAUCGCUGGAGAAAGCUAUGCUGGACACUACGUCCCACAGCUAGCCAAGCUAAUUGUGGAGUCGGGAUCAAAUCUCAGCUUGAAAGGCAUAGCUAUAGGAAACCCAUUGUUGGAGUUCGACACAGAUUUCAACGGGAAAGGAAGUUACUACUGGUCUCACAGCUUGAUAUCGGACCAGACUUAUCACCUUUUGAAUACAGUGUGCAACUUCUCCCAGAUCACGAGAGCAAGCUUGUUGCGGCCGAGCAACUUGUCCAAGCCGUGUGAACUCGUCGCAACUCAGAUAAGAUCAGAAUCGCCCAAUAAAAACUUCGAUAGCUAUGAUGUCACUUCUGAUGUCUGUUUGUCAGAUGGUGAAUCACAGUUGGGUUCCCAAAAACAGCUCUCAUUAGCUUCUAUCUUUCAUCCCAUUUCGUCCCUCAAAUCCAAACAAAGUGCUCCCAGAAAGCAGGUAAGCCUUUCUUUUUGUUGAUCACAUCGAAACCCAUCUGGAAUAUGAUCAGUAUAGUAGGGCUAUGCAUGCAGGAAGCUGGAGGGGAGUCGAUAGACCUUUGUGUACAAGAUGAGACAUAUACAUACUUGAACAGGAAAGAUGUCCAAGAAGCUAUGCAUGCCAAGCUUGUUGGCGUCACCAGCUGGGGUUUCUGCAGCGAUGUGGUGAAUUAUGACCACAGAAAUCUGGAGAUCCCAACAAUUGGGGUGGUGGGUUCUUUGGUCGGAUCGGGGAUUCGAGUACUAGUCUACAGCGGGGAUCAAGAUUCGGUUCUGCCAUUCGUUGGCACGAGGAUUCUGGUGAAUCGUUUGGCAACAGGGAUGGGGUUAAAUACAACCGUGCCAUACAAGGCAUGGUUUGAUUUUGACAAACAGGUGGGUGGAUGGACCCAAGUCUAUGGGCAGAACAAUAAGUUGUCAUUUGCAACCAUCAGAGGAGCCUCCCACAUGGCUCCAUUCUCCUCUCCCAAGAGGUCACUCGCGUUAUUUGCAGCAUUUGUUGCUGGGAGACCAUUGACAGCUUGAUCUUUCGCAGACUUGGAAUACAUGACACUAUUUAGUCAAGAUGAUUCAUCUCUUGCACUAUGAAUUUGUGCAAAACUGUAAUUUCAAUUUUCUUGAGGCAACUACUAUGCCUAUAUUUGUAUAGUUACAAUGAUUUAAAGUCACAUGGCCAAUUGAAAAUAUUCAGUGAUCUCGUGUUUGAGUAUUAUUCAGGAUCUGUCUUAUUAAUAAUAUCCAGCGUUUUGAGUUAAUUUUUACAUUGUAUUUAAAAAUAUUACGAUUCUGAAAUUCGAUUUUACUUCGCCUGGAUAGGGAGGGUCUUGGAGCAAGAGACAAGCGGGUUUAUCCCCGAUAGCGACGCAGCAAUUUGUACGCUGCAAAACCAAAUUCAGCAGCUGCAGCCACAGCUUAGUCCAACAGUGUCAUGAUGAUUGGGAGGUAUGCAUGCAUGAAGCUGGUGGAGAGUCGACAUACCUUUGUGUACAAGGAAGGACUUACGGGUAUUUGAACAUGAAAGAUGCCCAAGAAGCUAUGCAUAUGCCAAGCUUGUUGGCGUCAAUAGUACUUUGAGAAUCUGCAGCCAGUAAGAGACUAAGAACACGUAUACUUACCCCUACGUUAUCUGCACUACUAGCUGCUACCGUCAAGUCUUAAAGAUUAAAACUCUUAGUCUCAACACUGGACCUGAGACGAGACCACGAACCAAUCUCGACAGAAUCUCUUGCCCCUCAUCUCUUUUGCAAUGUGGUGAAUUAUGAUCUCAGCAGUCUAGAGAUUCCAACGAUUGGGGUGGUGGGUUCCUUGGUGGGACCGGGAUUCGAGUGCUGGUCUAUAGCGGGGAUCAAGAUUCGGUUUUCCCAUUCAUUGGGACAAGGAUUCUAGUUAAUCAGUUGGUAACAGAAAUGGGGUUGAAAACAACUGUGUCAUACAAAGCAUGGUUUGGUUAUGACAAACAGGUGGGUGGUUGGGCCCAAGUUUAUGGAGGGAACAACAAUUUGUGAUUUGCAACCAUCAGAGGAGCCUUUCACAAAGCUCCAUCAUCCUCUCACAUGAGAUCACUCGCAUUAUUUGCAGCAUUUCUUGGGGACACCACUGGCGACUUGAUCGGGAUAAGUGCGCAUGCAGCUUAUAGGAAAUGUGACGAAACUAUACCAUCCAACGAAGCUGCCGGCUUGAUACUUU